GCCCCACGCCGUCCGGAUCUCGGGCUCGCGGAUCGGACGGGAGCCCAAGGUCGUCGGCUCACCCGCCACGCGGCGCGGGUCCCCCACCGAAGCGCCGCUCGUUUAACGAGGUCACUUCCCCGUUCCGCACCGCAUCUCGUCCCGUCGUCGUCGUCUCGCGCCACGACCGCCAUGGCGGCGUCCUCCUUGCUCCGCUCACUGUCCCGCCUCUCGCGCCGCGGCUGCGGGGGCGGCGCGUGGCCGACGAGCCCGUUCCGCCACCGCGGCCUCCUCCCGUACUCGCCGUUUUCCACCGCGGCGGCGGAUGCGGUGGAGAGGGGCUUCGCGGGACUGGGGCCGACGGCCAAGGGGGAGAAAGCGCGGGUGGUGGUGCUGGGGACAGGGUGGGCGGGGGCGCGGCUCAUGAAGGACCUCGACACGACCGGGUACGAGGUGGUCUGCGUCUCCCCGCGCAACCACAUGGUGUUCACGCCGCUCCUCGCCUCCACCUGCGUCGGCACGCUCGAGUUCCGCUCCGUCGCCGAGCCGCUCGCGCGCAUCCAGCCAGCCGUGUCCAAGUCCCCCGGCUCCUACUUCCUCCUCGCCCGCUGCACCGCCGUCGAUCCCGACGCUCACACGAUUGAUUGCGAGACAGUUACUGAAGGUGAGAAAGAUGCCUUGAAGCCUUGGAAAUUUAAGGUUGCAUAUGAUAAGCUGGUCUUUGCGUGUGGAGCUGAGGCCUCAACUUUUGGAAUACGUGGUGUUACUGACCACGCAAUAUUUCUCCGGGAAGUUCACCAUGCUCAAGAAAUUCGCAGGAAGCUCCUUCUGAACCUGAUGCUGUCUGAUGUACCUGGUAUAUCAGAGGAAGAAAAGCGCAGACUAUUGCACUGUGUUGUUGUUGGGGGUGGUCCAACAGGGGUUGAAUUUAGUGGUGAACUUAGUGAUUUCAUCAUCAGAGAUGUUAAACAGCGUUAUUCGCAUGUUAAAGAUUAUAUACAUGUUACCUUGAUUGAGGCAAAUGAGAUAUUGUCAUCUUUUGAUGUUCGCCUCAGGCAAUAUGCUACAAAUCAACUAAUUAAGUCAGGUGUCAGGCUUGUGAGAGGAAUUGUGAAGGAUGUGCAAUCCAACAAAUUAAUCCUUGACAAUGGAGAGGAGGUUCCUUACGGUUUGCUGGUAUGGUCUACUGGAGUUGGUGCUUCAUCAUUCGUUAAGUCGUUGCCAUUUCCUAAGUCACCAGGUGGAAGGAUUGGGGUGGAUGAGUGGUUACGUGUUCCUUCUGUCCGUGAUGUGUUUGCUAUUGGUGAUUGCAGUGGAUUUCUUGAAAGCACGGGCAAGGAUGUUCUCCCAGCUUUAGCUCAGGUUGCAGAACGACAAGGCAAGUAUCUAGCUCGCCUUCUUAACCAUAUCAUGAAAGCUGGAGGAGGGCACGCGAACUGUGAGAUCAACGUUGAUCUAGGUCCUGCCUUUGUGUAUAAGCAUCUAGGGAGCAUGGCGACUGUCGGAAGAUACAAAGCUCUGGUCGAUCUGAGGCAAAGCAAGGAGUCGAGAGGGAUAUCUCUUGCAGGAUUUGUAAGCUGGUUUAUCUGGCGCUCAGCUUACCUGACUCGUGUUAUUAGCUGGAGGAACAGGCUCUAUGUGGCUAUCAACUGGCUGACCACACUGUUAUUUGGCCGUGACAUUAGCCGUAUCUAGCCAUCUAAGCUGCCUGUUUCUAUAGAGAUGUCUGAACGCUGAACAGUACAGUGCACGUUCCUUUGCCUUUUUUUUUGGGGGGGCCGGGGGGGGGGGGGGGGGUGAGCCAAGUGUAAGUUCCACAGGUUUUCUUUUACUUAAAUAACACUCAAAAUGAACGAAGGGACUUCGAACUUUUACAUACCGGUUGAUAUCACUAUUUGGAGGAGUGUAAGAAACAUGGAAGUUCGUGCGACUUACUAUCAAAUAUUCACAAACAUCGUCAUCUUUUAGGGCUCCUUUGGGGCAUGGCUUUGUUCAAUUCUAUAGGAAAACAAAGCCACAAACAGAUUGCACAGAGUAGCUGUUUGGAUUCUUCAUAGGAAAUGCAAAGGAAAUUUAAGGCUUGUUGAUUAUUGGAACUUUCAACGGAAUUGUAAACAUGAGGUUAGGCUUAGACCUCAUGGUAGAAUUCCUUCAAAAUGUGAAGCAAAUUUUCCUGUCCUUGAGAUUCAUCAAUCCUACCAUCCAAAGGCUCUAGAAGGUCCUUUUUUUCCCCUUCCCCAAUGGAUUCAAUUCCUCUACAUUUCACAUAAAAUCCCUCUAAUCAAAAUUCCAAGGGAGCCCUGACUUUGAAUGAAGAUAAAUGAAGGGAAACAAUGGAGGAUUUGGGAUUCCUUAGGAUUGGCUACUGUGCAUGCAUUAGUUUGAAAGAUUUGCUCUCUUGAAUAUCAUAGAACACUAUUCACUCCCCCUCUAGAAAUCAUCUUGACGACGGACAAGGAAGUGAUCUUAAAAAAAUCCUGCUAUUAUGUGAUCAGAAUUGGUAGGAUUGUCUAAAACCAAAUGAGAUUGCUGGUAUU